CUCUCUCCUCAGUGCCGCUUAGUCAGUCGACCCGAGCGGUUGAGGCGGCCAAGGGAAGCCUCCGCUCCGCUCGCCUGAGGGGGUGGAAGCACUGCGGGCGGGGGUGCACGCCAUGGAGCCGCGGGCCUGGCCUGGGCUGCGAACGGCGGGUGGCGGCAGCGGAGGCAACGGCGGAGGAGGCCCUUGAAGGCAGGGAGGAGGAGGAGGACGUGGCGGCGGCGGCGGGAGCCUCCGAGGAAAUGGCCACCGAGCCCCCGCGCUGUGCGGCGAGCAGGGAGCCCGAGCGGCUUCUUCGGGGAGCCAAGGCGGACGUGCCUCCGGGCUCCUCGGCGUCGUCGUCGGCGGAGGGAGAAGAGGAAGGAGGAGGAGGAGGGAGGAGCGCCCGGCUGCUCAACGGCUGCGUGCCGCUGUCUCACCAGGUGGCCGGGCACAUGUACGGCAAGGAUAAGGGCGGCAUCCUGCAGCAUCCUGAUGGCACAGUCCUCAAACAAUUGCAGCCACCACCUCGAGGGCCCAGAGAACUAGAAUUCUAUAACAAGGUGUAUGCUGCUGACUGUGAAGACUCUGUGUUUCUAGAACUCCAAAAAUAUUUGCCAAAAUAUUAUGGAACCUGGUCAUCACCUACUGCACCCAAUGAUUUGUACCUGAAACUGGAAGAUGUGACACACAGAUUUAAAAAGCCAUGUAUAAUGGAUGUAAAAAUAGGCCAGAAAAGCUAUGAUCCAUAUGCUUCUGCUGAGAAGAUUAAGCAACAAGUCAGCAAGUACCCAUUAAUGGAAGAGAUUGGGUUCUUGGUGCUAGGCAUGCGGGUUUAUCGCGCCCAUUCUGACAGCUAUGAGACGAAGAACCAGCAUUAUGGAAGAGGCUUAACGAAAGAGACAGUAAAAGAUGGUGUGGCUCAGUUUUUCCAUAAUGGAUUCUACCUGAGAAAAGAUGCCGUAGCUGCCAGUAUUCAGAAGAUUAAAGAAAUACUGCAGUGGUUUGAGAAGCAGAAGCAGCUUAACUUUUAUGCAAGUUCUUUACUAUUUGUCUAUGAUGGCUUGUACCCGAUGGCAACUACAUGGUUAAAUGAUGGCAGUCUGGUCGAGAAGGCAAGAGUGUCCAAGGGUCAAGUGCCAAGUGGUGGUACAUUGGAAUAUAAUAAUAACAUUCGUGUCAUCAGCUCUACAGAGAAUGGCAAGGUAGAGACCUCUGUAGGCAAAGGCUUCUCUAAAAUGUAUGCACUUCACAAAAGGCACCAGAGUCAAAUUUCCCUUAAAGUUGAAACUGUGGAACAAGACAACAUAUGGAAGAGCAGUGCUUGCCUUUCACAAGAACAUCUGAAUGGAAAUGUUAUACCUCAGCUGGAAAAAGUUUUCUGCCACAUGCCUACUACGCUGCCAGAAAGCAUGGAGGUUGAAGUCAGGAUGAUAGAUUUUGCGCAUGUGUUCCCCAGCAACACUCACGAUGAGGGCUAUAUUCAUGGUCUGAAGAAUUUAAUUACCGUCCUUCAAAAUAUUUUAGAUACUUAAACUUUUUGCUAUGAUUUCUACUGGGGGCCAAUUAUAAUGAAAAGCAACAACAUUUCUGCACUUGUGAUUCUGUUAUAUGUUGGUUUGUAUUGUUCUACAUUUUACUUGUCUUUGUACUUUUGGUAGGAUGAUCAAGUAUUUUAUAAUCUUACUCAGGAAAAUUAUUCUGUAGUUUCUUACAGUUUAGUAAGAGAGAAGCUAAUGAGAUUUAACUGGUAAUCGUAGGAACUUGCAUUUAACUUGUGAAGCUUAGCUAAAUUUGGGGGAUGAUUUGUGUCGGAUAAAAUGGUAGAGCUUUCUCAUACCCUUAAAUAUUUUUAGUUAAUCAGAGUCCGCCCAUGCAGGCAGAACACUGAGCCAUAUCUCUAAAUAACGGGUUAUUAGGAGAAUAUUAGAAUAUUAUCCUUAGGUGUUUACUACAUCUUUAGAACUGGAGCAUUUCUGAGGGAUAAAUACUUAAAAAUCUGUAUUCUAAUUGAACCAGCAUUUUAGUGUGAGGUGAUCAUACUGCUUCGUUCUUAAAAUUGGGUAGGUAUGUUCAUCUUUUCAUGGCUAAACUUAAAACUAUACUCGAACAGUGUAAUUUAUUAUGAGUGCUAUUGAAAUCUUUUUCAAAACUUAUGAAAUAGGAGUUGUCUGCCAUGUAAAGAUGUUAAAUGCUGUUUUGAAAUAUUUGUGUCAGAUUUUGUGCCCUAUUUUGUUUAUAAGCUUUAUAUUUAGAUAUUCAACUAGGAGUUGCUUUGGACAUUGCAGAAAAACAGCAAAAUAAUAUAUACUAGUGAGUCUACAAUGUCUAAAGUCAGUUAUAAAAAAUAAGGUAGUACUAUGGCCAUUCAUUGUGUGGGCAAUUUUGUAAAAUUGCACAGCCAGUGGUUGAGAUAGUUUUAAGAGGUUGCAGUUGGAGAGAGUAUUUAAAGAGUUGUCCAGUCUCUUAAGUUGCAUCUUCUUGAAAUCCUCUCAUCCAAGGAAUGUAUGAACACCAGAAAUAAGUCCAUGUUGAAAAAUGGUCAUUAUAAACCAGGGUCUUCGAAAUUAUUAAAUUCCCUAUGGUGAGAUUAAGGACUGCUUUAUCAGACAUAAUGCUACACAUUGAUAAAUAUAAGCAGAUAGAAGCCAGAGACUCAUGUAGAGGAUGUUUAAAGCUUACAUCCACAUUUUGGAACAAACCACAGUUUCUGUUAAUUCCAAAUACAGGAUUUUAUUUAUUUUUUAUUUAAAAAACUGAGUUAGUCCAAUUGAACCAGAAUUGCACUGCGGCUUAAUAUUGUAGUUUCAAUAAGCCACAGUUUACCUGUAUUACGAUAUAAUGGGAAACUACAUUUUGGAACAAACCAUAAACAGUACCUAUAAACGCUUUCUUGUGCUCGAACAGGAGGGGAGAAUUUAUGAGUCCAAGGCAAGAAUUUGUGAGUCCAAGGCUUGUGUCCGCUUGCUCUCUUAGCAUUGCAUUUGAAAUGGGCCUUAUCGUGCAGACGUUGGGCGGGCUGAUACAAGAGGGCUUCCUUCUGGCAGCAUGUGCAUCUCCAUAAACAUAAAAAAGGCAGAAAGGAGAGUAUGGACCGCCUUCAACUAAUGUGUCCUGGUAGUGGAAGCCUGUGCAAGGACUUUUGUUAGCUUAAUGGAGCUUCCCCUGUGCCCCCCCCCCCCAAUGGCUCUAGAGUGUCAGGAGACCCCCAAAGCAGGAGGAGGUAGAGUGUGAAUGUUUUGCCUGGCAAGCUUAAGUACUUGUGCUGAUUAAUGAUUGGCAUAGCUCUACAACGAAUUUCUCCCUAGGUGACAUUGCACAACACCCCACAGCAAUUCUCAUGGGCAUAUUUCAGAAUCUGUCUAGCAUGGAAAUGGUUGCAGCCAAAUCCAGUGAUACAAGAUGGAAAAUUGUACGAAUCAGAUUUUUUUCUGGAAAAUCUUUCAGUGCUUUAUUUUUUCCAUGGAAUUCCCCCCCCCCCUUUUGUAAGUUUACUAAUAACUACAUACCAACUGCAAAUACAGUAUAAGGCAAACUUGGCAGUUUUGACAUUUUAGCUUUGUUUAUGAAACACAGGUAAAUUAAGUCACUUUCUAUAAUCCAUCAGAAAAAAUUCUAGCAUAAAUUAUGCUGUGUAAAUUAAGUUUACUUAAUUUGCAUAGGGAAAAAUAUCCUCCACCACUCCCUGAAAUCCUUAUCACUGGGAAAUGCUUUUUAACCAAAUGUCCAUUUUCUAGUAGUGCCUGUUAAGGAGAACACUUUGCUUGGUUUCAAAACUACCAAGAACCAAAGGGUCCUGUCACUGAGCAGGCCCUACUUGGAAACACCUUUACAACAAUGCUGUAAGGGAAUUUUGUAAACAGACAUGCGCUCCUGCAUUUGAUCACUCCCCCCCCCCCACAAAACUUUUUAGAAGGAAAGCUACAAUUUUAGGAUUAAUUUCAAUGUUCUGCUAAUACUGCUUCAUUGUAUAGUGUUCUGUAGGCUAAUUGGACAUAAUAAUUUAUCAGAGUUUUGUGUUUUCACUUUCUAAGGUUCACUAGAAUACUGAUUUUAAUUGGAAGCAACGUGGUAAAUAUACAUGGACUUUUUUAUUUUCUAUCAAAACAAAUGCUACAUUGAUGAACAGUUUUCACAUAGGUUAUAAAGUGAGCCUUAAUUAAUAAAAGCCGAUGUCAAAGAUGAUAAUACCAUCUUUAAGAGUGAUUAGGAGCAUUCAGUGUUCUGUGAAGUAAUUUAAAGCCUAUUCUGGGAAAAGUUACACUAUUCUGUCCUAUUGAGCUACCUUUGUCACAAUUAGCUUAUUUUAUAGUAGCCUAUGUUAUCUGUAUCUGUUUUCUGUUCAACACAGACUCUUUCCACACACACACACACCAUACAUAUAUAUGAGUAUGUCUAAUGUAGGCAGGUAUUUAUUCUUUCUUGUCCUGUACCAUUUCACAUCUGUAGGGUAGUAAUCUGCUCUGUAAUAUUAGUACUAUAAUUGUUUAUUGCUGUGCUGCUUACACUAUUUAAUGUAACUAGAACAUUGUAGGAUCACCUUACAGAAAGCACUCCUGUCUAAUUUUCAGUUUUUAUAGUUGCAAUUGUAACAGAAUUAUACUUAUUUUUAUUCAGUUGGAAGUUAAGAGUACUUUAAAUUAAAAACUUGGUACAGCUAAAAGUAACCCAUUCAAAUGUAGACUGCAGAAAUGGUAAAUUCAGAACUUAACCUUAUGUGACUUUCACGGGAGGACAGAAAAGAGAAUAAAAACUCAGAAUGGGAUAGUAUGCUUUCCUUUAUGUUAGUAUACUCUCACUCACCAUUGUUUAUGGGCUAAUUUCAUCAUUUCCAUUUCUUGUUCAUAGGAAGCCUUGUAGAGUGAUGCUUUAAUAUCAUACGCUUGGGUACAUAAUUGUAAAAGUUCUUAUUUCUGAGAUUUCCUGAUUCUGUAGCUUAUUGUGUAUGUUGGAACUUGGAUGUGCACAGGAAUGCCUGGUACACUCAAAGCCUUCCUUAUUCACCUAAUGAAGGAGGCAAGUUGAGUUUAUGUGCAGAAAACAGAUCACCCACUUCUAAUUGAAGUGGAUAUGAAAACCUGUGUAUUAUGAGAACUUUGUGUAUAUAUCAGAGCACCUAUGGGCUUGAAAUUGGAGCCCUUGUGUAGCGUAAGGAGUAUUUAAAUGUGUCUCUUUGGAAGGAAGAAUGACUGAUGUAAAUGCUAAUGAAGAUGACUCCACAGCUACAGCCUCUGUAAAUUACAUUGAUUUUGAAAAAUUGGCUCUUGUCACAAGGACACUUCUUAGAAUCGCUUCUGAUGUGUUUGUGAAAAUACUCCUUUUAAAUGUAUUUUGUGGGAAAUUAUGUACAAUCUUACCUGAUAGAAUUUAAAUUAUAUAAUUUUUUAAUAGCAAAACAUUUUCAUUCUUGGUAUUUUUGGAUAUUAGUGGUUCCUGGUGCAUAUAUUCAAAUGAGAUUUAAAAUAAUGGUAUUAUGAAAUGUUAAAAUAUUUUAACUAACUAGUUUUACAGAACUAUGAAAUUGUGUAUAAUUGUGUUUUCACAUGGAGGCUGUAUUUUCAAACCGAAAUUAUUUUUGUUCUAUUGUACAGGAGAACUAUUUUUGCGUAUCCCAUACAUUACAUACCAUUCCAUAUGAGAUGCUUAAAUUUUAGGAAGAGACUAUUUUCACUUAAAUUGUGGAUCGAAUGAACAAUUUGGCAGGUUACAAGUAGGUCCUAAUGCAUGCUUACCUGGAACUAAGUCCCUCUGCGUUUUGUGGCAUUUCUUAAUAAGUGUGCAUAGUACCGUGGCCAUAGUCUGCCAUAGCAGAACUGAAUAAGGGUCACUUAGGAAUGUGACUGGUUGUCACUAAGGGUGCAAAAUAUUGCACAGAUUUUGUGGGAAACAUAUUUCAGUAUUAAAUACUAAACUAGCGAGAGAGAAGAGGGCACAACCACUAUAGACUAUGAGCCGAACCCUUCUAAAUUCCUUUAUAUUAUGGCCCUUUUAAAGGACUGCAACUGAUACAAAACACUCCUUUCGACCUGUUCAUAUUAGCUAUUUUUAAUUAUUAUUUUUAAUAGUUUACACUAUUUGCAAUAACCGUCCCUGCUGAGUGCCUUCUGCUUCAGGUUUGGUACCUUUUAAAUGACCUCACGUAGCAUCUAUUGUGAUGUAAUGGAAUGCUUUAAGGGAGAGCUGAAUGACUAUUGAUUAUGUCCCACUAAUGUUGGAGAGUAUGGUUUCAGUAAUAGUUAGCUUCUUUUGAUCCAAAACAAAUUCAUUCGGAAAAUUGCCACGCUUUGUGCUUAGUUCCACAAUUAUAGUAAAUUGUGAGCCAGGCUUAAAAACCUAUGAGUGAAACACAUAAUGAAUAACUGAAGCCCCCCCCCCUUUUAAGUUAUGUUGUCUGGCUUGCAUGUUACCAAAUAAGCCAGAAAGGUUGAGGAGGCAUCUAUAGCAACAGGACUUGGGAACGGAAGGGGUGGGAACUGUGGCUUUGGCUCACCCACCCCCAUAUCCCUUCUCAAGUGGCCCUACCUCAAAACUUUGCUUUCUGUGGACAUACUGCCUUUCCUCAACGACGACAAAACCCCGGGGGGCUUAAUACACAAUCAUAUGCAUCCAUGUGCCUUGCUGGUACUCAAAAGAAGCAUUUCAAUUCCUGAAAAGAGGCGACCUCAUCUGUGUGGUUGUGAACCAGUCCUUAGGGUGCUUGAAUCUGGCCAUAUGUGAAUCUUGUUGAGGAGAGCCUUGUGUGGAAAGGAAUUUGAAUAAGAGUUUAGGUUGGAGAUGCUGAAGAAGGCAGCAGUAAAUAAUUUAUUCACUCAAAGUGUAGCUUUUUGCAGACCGUAUCCAUCCAAAAGCCUUACAUUCAGUUUUGUUUUGCCUGUUUUCUAUGUACUGUUCAUGCUGGUAAACCAUUGAAUUGGAGCAUAGAAUGAUGAACUCAUUCAGCUGUGAAAUAUUAUUACAUUAUAUAUCCAGGAGCUAAAUACUGCACAUCUGUAAUUGUUAAUUGUGGUUUUGUUAGCUGAAGUUAAUGCACACUUAAAAAAAAAAAACUUUCAUACUAUGAAUUUUUCUACUAAUCUUCCCUAGAUAGCAAUUCUGAGUAGUUUUGUAUGUAGGUAUACAAAAUUAAUUUUUGUUUGCCAUUUAGAGAAGUGACGCCUGUACAUUUAGAGUUUGUUGGAGAUUAAUCUUUAUGUGAAAUCCAGCAACAGGAAAGAGAAAGCAACAGUGGUUUUGGGAACAAACGAACAUUUACACACAUUGUCUAAAUCAUUGUCUAAAUAUGCUUUUGAAACAUGUAUAAAUGUUGGCACUGGAAAAAGAAAUCUGAACUGGCUGAACUGACUUUUAACUAAAAUGUCCAAAUAUGAUUAAUAUUGCACAUCUGCAUAUGAAUGAAACCAGAGUGCACAUAAGCACUUUAAUAUUCUGAGAACUGUACUGGAAAAUAUAUGGAAGCAUGUGAAAUUGCACCUGGAGCUGGAUUAACUGGUGGGGGUGGGAGGGGGGAUUUUACAGUUUAAAUGUACAUGAAUGAAUGAAUGUAAUCUGGCCUCAUUUUCUCUAGCUCAAAAAGUUGAAAUUGUGUUGUGCAAUGUCCUUUUUUUGGUGUUUGACUGUAACUGAUAUUUUGGGAGGAUUGUUGUUGGACUGCAGAGGUAUGUGUUUUAUAGUAAAAAAAAAUCUAUUAUGCUAUAUACCAAUUCUUUUGUAAUUUAUGUGAUAUUUAGGUGAUUCUAAUAGCUGUAUAUUAGGCUGACUAUUAAAUUGUCUUUUAAGUUACCUUGAA